CUUUUUUACACUUCUGUUGUAAAUAAACGAAUGACAGAGAGGCUACUGAUAGUUAAAUUGCUACCAAAAUAUAUAACCAAUACGGAAUCGCAUUACUCGACUGUGUGCCAAGGCUGUUGCGGCUAAGUUGAUGUCAUUCCUACCCACCAGUUUGCUCCAACUGACUGGUGUCGGACUGUGUCGUGUAACACAGGCAGCUUGUGGCCAAUGCCACAGGCUCUACCUUCUGAGAGAAGCGGGAUAUCAACUUUUAAAAGAGUUCCCAAGCUAGCCUUAACAGACCUAUCGUGUACCCUCGUGGCUGUUGGACUGAAGAGGGACAAUUGUCAUGUCGGAGUUAAAUCAAGAGGUGGUGGAUUUGGUUUGGGGCAGACCCUCCAGUGGAGGAGUUUCUGCAUCCAUAUUCCGCAGAUGGACCCAAGGAUUUGUUUUUUGUGAGAAUGAGCAAACAGCACUGGAGCAGUUUGAAGGAGGGCCGUGUGCUGUCCUUGCACCUGUCCAGGCCUUCCUCUUCAAGAACAUUCUUUUCAACAGAGAAAGUUCAAACUGGAGACGGAUGACAGAAGAGGAGCAAAAAACAGUACUGUGUUCCACGCUGAGUGAAAUCCUGGAGUCGGCCUGCUCCAGCCCCUCCACAGGGUUCUGCCUGGUGACCUGGGCCAAGGGACAAAGCCCACAUAGCAGCUCACAGUCGCAAACACAGGAGGUGCCAGCUCCGGAGAGCAGCCAGCCUCCACAGGAACAGCAACCCACUGCUUUGGCUGCUGAAGACCUUGGCUUUGAGCGAUUUCACAGUGUUGUCCAUAAGCGGACUGUGAUGUCAGUCUCUGGUCUCAGAGAGGAAGUGUUGUCUCUCUGCCACACCUGGAGGGGGUGCUGUGGAGUCUUGCUUUUCCUCUACUCAGUCAUCCUCACUAAGGGCAUAGAGAAUAUAAGAAAUGAGAUCCAGGACACAAUGGAGCCUCUGAUAGACCCUGUGCAUGGCCAUGGCAGCCAGAGCCUGGUGAAUCUCCUUGUAACUGGCCAUGCUGUCUCUAAUGUUUGGGAUGGAGACAGGGAGUGCUCCGGCAUGAAACUGCAUGGUAUUCAUAAACAGGCAUCAGUUGGCUUCCUCACACUUAUGGAAUCACUACGCUACUGCAAGGUUGGAGCAUUCCUGAAGUCUCCAAAGUUCCCUAUUUGGAUCCUUGGCAGUGAAACUCACCUCUCUGUGUUUUUUACCAAGGAGAUGUCCCUGGUGGGUCCAGAGUCUCCAUCAGAACAAGCAAGGAGGGUCUUCCAUUCAUUCGACCCUGAAGAUAAUGGCUUCAUCCCAGAUUCUCUGCUGGAGGACGUGAUGAAAGCCCUUGACCUUGUCUCAGAACCCGAGUAUGUCAGUCUGGUGAAGAGUAAGCUGGAUCCAGAGAGUUUGGGCGUAAUUCUUCUGGGCCCGUUCCUGUUGGAAUUCUUCCCUGAUCAGGACUCAGGAAUCCCAGACUCAUUUUCCAUCUACCACUACAACGGACUCAAACAGUCCAACCACAACGAGAGGGUGGAGUAUGUGGAAGGGACGGCCUUGGUGCUGGGUUUUGAGGACCCCAUGGUCCGGACAGACGACACCCCCGUGAAGCGUUGCCUUCAGACCCGGUGGCCCUACAUCGAGCUGCUGUGGUCCACCGACCGCUCCCCGUCACUGAACUAGCACCGACACCUCUGUGUGUGUGUCUGAGUCUGUGGAUGAACCUCUGCUGCUCCACACACACAACGCCGGCUUACCAUAUGCAUGCUGACCCUGUAAGGUCAGCAGGACUGACACACACACAGAUAUACAACACAAAGGAAUGAGAAUAAAAAGAGGCCGAUACAAAAACGUUUGUGGACUAAACACACAUGCCUGAGAUCCAUUCUCACUCCCACAUUCCACAAAGAUCCCACCUUUACAGUUCAUGUUAUUGUCUGUUCACCAUGGCUUGUAAUUGACACACAGGAUGUCGAGAUGUAAUUAUUUAAAAGGAAGAAAAAAUUGACUUUUUAUUUUUGCAGCUCUGUUCUUUGCCAACACCUCUGCUACAGCUAACCGAAACUGUUUAGGGAGACAACUGGUUUGGUUUAAGGACUCGAGUGUAUCUCUAGGAAUUAAACCCCAGUACAGCCAGUUGACUGAAACUCGACUGUUAAUCCAGCUAUAGGACUGUUCGAGGGAAAACCUACCAAAGCCUUUCACAUACAAGAACACGCACACACACACACACACACAGUCACACUCACUGAUAAGCGUUUACAGCGUUAAGGGACGCAGAGAACUGGAGAUUUGUACAGAAGGUUUUGUCAGUAUUGUCACCAAGGAGAAGGUUUAGGCUCGGUGUGUGUGUGUUUGUGCUUUGUGCAACACACUACGAUGUUGGCCAAGUGUUCAUGUAUUUAUUAUCACACUUAAAGGUUCUGGAAUAAACACUUUUUUUGUUCAAA